AUGGGAAAGAACUUUGGUGAGUGGUACUUUUUGUUCAGAGAAUUACAUUGUAACUAAUUGCUUUUCAGAUGAAUCGGCUCUUUUGAAGUCGUUGGAAGGACUUGCCGACGAUGAAAAGAUUAAGAGAUUGGUAAAGAAAUUGGGCGAGUCGGAGAAGAACAACUCGGAUUUGAAGACCAAACUUGUUAAUGUAAGACUGUGUCGAAAGUUAAAUGAUAGUUUUAAUCUGAAUUUCAGUUCGACAAAAUUGUUAAACUCAAGGACUUGAUGGAGAAAAAGUUGGAGAAAAAUAAUCAGGUGAGAAUUCAACAUUAUUCGUAUUUUUUUAGAACCCAUUUUUCAAAUCUCUAUUUAGUUUGCGUGUCAAGUGGCCGAUGACGUCACACGGGAUUUUUUUUCCGGCAGCUUUCCGAGUGCGAGGGUGUUUUGAGAGAAACCACCCUCGCAAUCGGAUAUCUCUCAUUCUCUUUGAGAUCGUUUCAUAAAAUGAAUGUCUGCUCAGGUGCUUCUGCGAACCGAGGAGGCGAAGAGCAAGCUGGAGGAGCUGUGCAGGGGACUCCAGAAGGCGAACCAACAGACUCGCGAAGAAUCGAUCGCUAAGAUGAAGAAGCUGGAAACGGAGAGACAAUCGGCUGUCGAGCAGCUGAAGAUCACUCUCAAGGACAUCGAGAAGACGAUGGCGGACGGACGAAGCAAGUCGGACUCGCUGGCUGAGGAUAACAAGAAACUCGGCGAGAAGUUCUCCGAAAUCGGACAACAGUACGAGGAAAGAAUGCGAGUGGUCGACUUGCAAUUGCAGAAAAAGGAGAAGUAUUGGGAAGAGUUCGGAAAGACCAAAGAUCUCGAGAUCAAACUGCUCAAGGCGAAGCUGGAUGCGUCGUCGAUUCAGAUGAAGAAAGCUGGAAUGGAGAAGGAUGAACUGGCUAAGAUCGUUCUGGAAGAAACCGCCCGUGUUGGAGGAGCUAUUGAGACGGAGAAGUUGCUUCGCGAGCAGGUGCAGGAAUACUCGGAAAAGUAUUCGGAAUUGACUGGAUGCCUCGCAAAGAGCAAUCAAGCCUUUGACAAGUUCAAGAAGGAGAUUGAACGAGUGAACCAGAAGUGCACACAGAUCGAGAAGGAAGGGCUCAGUGUCAAGAAGAAGUAUCAGGAUGCGAAUCAGUAUGCGCACCUCUAGAAUGCAAGGUUCUAAAAGUAUUUGUUUCAGGAAGAUUCUGGUGUUAACGAUGACGAAUCAGGAGUACACCGAGAAGAUCGCCGCGUCGGAAAAGAAGAUUCAGAUGCUCGAGAACCUGUGCCGCGCCCUCCGAAAGGGCGAAGCAGAAGAAUCGGAGCCGGUGUCCACCACGUCGAAGUGA